UUCCCUUUCAUGGUCAUUUCUCCCUCAAGAGUCGAGACUUCGAAUUUUGUCCGUGAGAAGGCGCAGUGUGGCUAGUGGCUUCAUUAUCGAUGGAAGGAUCAAAAGGUCAGGCUGCUCCUCAAGUCUCUGAUCCACCGAGCACGGCUCCAACUCUGCCUCCCCAGCCCCCUCCCCCUGCUGCUUCCGCUGCCCUUCCUCCCAAAAGCAAGAAGAGGCCUCUCGAAAGUGAUGCCCACUUGCAAAAUUCCCGUUUAUUUAAGAUACGUGCUAUUAUCAGAGAUCUUCGUCCCCGUUUCAUCGAGGUACUCCGAACACCUGACUUCCAAAAGUGCCAGGCAUCUAAUGAAAUUCGUGAACAGUUGAAGACACUGGUUGAAUUAUGCAAACAGAAUGUGCAGGAAAGCAAGGCUUCAUCUGGCGAGAACUUGGAAGGCAAAACACCAUUACCUGGAAGGCAAUCUGAAAGUAAGAUUUCAGCACCAGUUGCCCUUGAGAAGCAGCAGGUAGAAGAUGGACAGUCGCAGGGGACAUAUAUUGUUGGAGGAUCUGCUUUUGGCUGGAAUUUCAUCACCUACCCAGGCAAGCCUGCUGUCUAUUAUGGUAUCACAAAGGAACAAUUUCGAGCUAAGCAUCCAUUGCCAUGUCUUGCCUCAGACUAACAAGAAAUUUUAACCUGCGCAAUCUAUACCGCUCAUUUCUAACACCACCAAUUCAUUGCCUUAGUAGGGAUGAUUACCAGAAAAUUUUAUCAUGGAAGAGUUUUCCUCUUCUGAAUGUUAUGUGUUGUUCCUGGCUUACCAUUUUCCCCCCUAAACUAAAUGCGUUCGACACGCAUCAACAAUGAUUCCUAUAGUUCCAAUAUUAGCAAUUAAUCUUCAAAUCUCGUUAUUUGGUGAA